CUUCGCGGCCAGGCUCGCGGCCGGGCUCGCGGCCGGGCUCGCGGCCGGGCUCGGGCGACGUGGCCGGCGGCGCGCCGGACGGCUGCAGAGGUGCAAAGCCUCGGCCGCUCUCCCUGGCCGGCGGCGAGAUAAGGACGGAUGCGCUGGGAAUGUCGUGGCCCUCUGCGGCGCCAUGGUGAUCACAAGAUCCUCGAACAGCGGCGCAGGCAACAAGUGGAGGGAGGGGCCCGCGAACAGCAUCGUUCCGGUUAAGGAGUGGACAAGCGUGAAGCACGGUCGCGAGGUUCGCAGCUCAUGCAGCAGCGGCCGCGUCGUGGACGUGUCCGACCGCAACGUGCUGUGCAUGUCUCUGCUCGGAGACAAGGCGGUGCUGGGCAGCGCGGACCACGGGCUCAAGGAGCUCAGCGUCCGCGGCGGCCAGGUGCUGAGAAACCUCUACACGAAGAGGUACGGGCACACGGAGUGGGUCACUUCCGUGUCGCACUGCCCUGACGGCCGGGUCGUCUCCGGCGCCGCCGACAGCAAGCUGUGCCUUUGGGGCGCCGCGGGCGUGCAGUGCGUGGACCUCACCGGCCACAUGGGCUCCGUGUCGCGGGUGCGGACGCACGCCCAGGACGGGCGCCGUGGCGAUCUCCGCCAGCUACGACCGCACGCUGCGGGCGUGGGACCUCGGCAGGAAGCGCGAGGUGGCGUGUUGCACAGGCCACACCGCGCCGAUCCUGGAUUUCACAUGGGCGGACGAUGUGAUUGCGAGAGACCGCGGCGGCACCGUCUGCCUGUGGAACGCCGCCACCGGGGCGCACGUCGGCACCCUCCGCGGCCACAAGGGCCACGUCACCGCGAUGCUCGCGCUGCCGGGCUCGUGCUGCGGCGGCGGCGCGGCGGCCCCCGCGCCUGGGGCUCGGCGGCCUCUGCGGCGGGCCUCGGCGCGCAGGACGGGUGCAUCCGCGUGUGGGACUUGCGGCAAAGGCUGAACACAAACACGCUUACUGCACACCCGGGAGGCGCCGUGAACGAGAUCGGCGUCACGCUGGGCGCGUCCCCUCCGGUGGUUGUCUCCAUCGGGGCCGACGGCAGGCUCUUGAUGCUCGACCCGCGCGCGAGCUUCCGGCCCCUCUUCGAACACGGCGGCAUUACUGAGGACAGACGAUUUCUUGUACAGCAUGCUGGUCCUCGACGACAUCGUCUUCACCGGAGAUGGGCGCGGCAAGGACAGCGAAUUUUCUCAUGUGCGAAGCGGCCAGCACAAGUAUUCACUGAAUGCUGGCGAGAAUGCGGUACGCUGCAUGGGAGCCACUGGGAGUAGCCUGAUUUGCGCCGGAGACGAUGGCAACGCCAUCAUCUUCGAUUUCUAGGCUUGCGAAGUGCCGGACCGGGCGUUGCUGGUCUGGGCGCCCGCGGCUGUGCGUUGCGCCCAAUUUCGCGGGCCCAAAAAUUUGGUUCUCGCACGGCGCCGUCCCGCCCGGUUCGGUCCUUAUCCCGGCAAAAGUUUCAGAGUUUCCGGAAUCGGACACUUGGUAGUCACCCUCGCAAUGAUGCCACCCAGCUUGCGUCGAAAUGGCGCUCUUCGUGGCAUGCGUGCCCCUCACCCCUCUGUCAGCGUGGCUGGCCGAGUGGCCGCCGCCGCGCGGAAUGCGCGGACUGACUGCGCGCCCGCUGGCAGUCGCAUGAAA